AUGCCAUCCACCUUCCAGCUGUCAGCUUGGGAGCCUGCCAUACGCGUCACAGUUGCAGACGGCCACACUCUCGACGAGGCGAAGCUGCUUGGAUUUCCAGCGUUCAAAAACUGGUUGAACGCACUCAAGAAGGACAUUAAUGUGCAAACAACUUCUGGGCACACGUUUGAGAAGGACCCAUGGCGCCUUGUGGGCGUGAAUAUACACAGCGUCACCGUCUUUGAGGGCGGCAAGAUAGGCUUCAUGACGAUCGAAGCCCUGAUGAGAAAGGGUGCUAAAAGUCUUGAUCGAGUCAUCUUCUUGCGCGGUGGAAGUGUAGCUGUUCUGAUGAUACUACGACCCAAGGACAACAGGAAAGAGCGAUAUGUCAUUCUCACAGAGCAGCCACGGAUCGGCGCAUGCAGCACUGCUUUCCUAGAGAUUCCUGCAGGAAUGUUGGAUGACAAGUCUGGCAAUGUGAUCGGGAAGGCGAUGGAGGAAAUCUACGAAGAGACGAGCCUAAAGGUCAACGCAGAUGAGUUGAUCGACAUGACCGCGAUGGCUCUUGAGCAGUCUCAAACAAACGAGCAUCUUCAACCAGCUGUGUAUAUGAGCCCUGCAAAUCUGGACGAGUACAUCCCGCUGCUAUUAUGGGAGAAAGAACUGGACCGAACCGAGAUCGAGAAUUUGAAGGACAAGUUAACGGGCGAACGUGCCAAGGACGAAUGGAUCACUUUGCGCGUCCGCGAUUACGAAGUGCUCUGGACAGAAGGCGCAAGGGAUGCUAAGACGCUCAGUGCCUGGGCGCUGUACGAGGCAUUGAAUAAGAUCGGCAAAAUUGAAGAGCGAUUAAAGCAAAUUCGUAUAGGUCGGACAAAGGGAUGA